CUCUCUCUGUUCCUUUGCGUUGCAAGCAGGCUGAAAGCUUGGUGUGAUGUGUUUUGAUCUCUGCUGCCAGGGGCCUUAGGGCAUUGCCAGCGAUCUACAACGUGGCGACAUGAAUGCAGUGACUUAUGAGGACGUGCAUGUGAACUUCACUCAAGAGGAGUGGGCUCUGCUGGAUCCUUCUCAGAAGAAGCUCUACAAAGAUGUCAUGCUGGAGACCUUCAGGAACCUCAAUGCUAUAGGCUUUAAUUGGGAAGCCCAAAAUAUUGAAGAAUAUUGUCAAAGUUCUAGAAGACACAGAAGGUGUGAAAGGAGUCAGAGUGCAGAGAAACCCUCUGAAUAUACUCAAUGUGGUAAAGCCUUUGCUUUACAUGAUCACAGUCAUGCCCAAAGGCAUGAAAGGAUUCAUACAGAAAAGAUCCCCUCUGUAGUUAUUCACUGUGUCAAAGAUUUUUUACCUUACACAAGUCUCCGAGUACAUAAAAGAACACAAACUGGACAGAAACCCUAUGAAUGUAAUCAAUGUGGUAAAGGAUUUGCAACGCCCAGUCAUCUUAAAAGGCAUGAAAGAAUUCAUACUGGAGAGAAACCCUUCAUAUGUAAUGAAUGUGAUAAAGCCUUUUCACAGAAACGUAGUCUCCAAACACAUAUAAGAAUGCAUACUGGAGAAAAACCCUACAAAUGUAAUCAAUGUGAUAAAGCCUUUUCCCAAUACGGUCAUCUCCAAAUUCAUAGAAGCACACAUACUGGAGAGAAACCCUUCAAAUGUGAUGAAUGUGAUAAAGCCUUUUCAAAACACUUUCACCUCCAAAAUCAUAAAAGAACACAUACUGGAGAGAAGCCUUACAAAUGUAAUCAAUGUGAUAAAGCCUUUUCACAACACACUAAUCUUCACAUUCAUAGAAGAACACAUACCGGAGAGAAACCCUUCAAAUGUAAUGAAUGUGAUAAAGCCUUUUCCCAAUUUGGUAAUCUCCAAAUUCAUAUAAAAACACAUACUGGAGAUAAACCCUACAAAUGUAAUCAAUGUGAUAAAGCCUUCUCCCAGAAACGUAGUCUCCAAACACAUAUAAGAAUACAUACUGGAGAAAAACCCUACAAAUGUAAUCAAUGUGAUAAAGCCUUUUCCCAAUACGGUCAUCUCUAUUUUCAUAGAAGAAUACAUACUGGAUAGAAAACCUUCAAAUGUAUUGAAUGUGAUAAACCGUUUUCAACACAAUUUUGCUUCCAAAAUCAUAAAAGAACACAUACUGGAGAGAAGCCGUACAAAUGUAAUCAAUGUGACAGCCUUUUCACAACACAGUUAUCUUCAAAUUCAUAGAAGAAGACAUACAGGAGAGAAACCGUUCAAAUGUAAUCAAUGUGAUAAAGCCUUUUCUGAGAAUCGUCAUCUCCAAACACAUACAAGGAUACAUCCUGGAGAAAAACCCUACUAAUGUAAUCAAUGUGAUAAAGCCUUUUCCCAAUACAGUAAUCUGCACAUUCAUAGAAGAACACAUACUGUAGAGAAACCCUACAAAUGUAAUGAAUGUGAUAAAGCCUUUUCCCAAUUUAUUCAUCUCCAAAUUCAUAGAAGUACACAUAUAAGAGAGAAACCCUUCAAAUGUAAUGAAUGUGAUAAAACCUUUUCAAAACACUUACCUCCAAAAUCAUAAAAGAACACAUACUGGAGAGAAGCCUUACAAAUGUAAUCAAAGUGACAAAGCCUUUCACAACACAGUUAUCUUAAAAUUCAUAGAAGAAGAUAUACAGGAGAUAAAUCCUACAAAUGGAAUCAGUGUGACAAAGCCUUUUCCCAACCUUGUAACCUCCAAUCCGUAGAAUAAUUUAUACUGGAGUGAAAUCUUAUGAAUGUAAUGAAUGUAACAAAAAGCCUUUUCCCAUCAUUAUAAUCUACAAAUUCAUAAAGGACAUACUAGAGAGAAACGUUACAAGUUUAAUUAGUGUGUGAAAGUCUUUUCAAAUCAUGGUCAUCUUCAAAAGAAUAAAAGAAUACAUACUGGAGGGAAAAGCUACAAAAUGGAAAUGGAUGUGAGCAACCUUUUUACAACACCAUCAUUUCUGAAUGUAUAAGUGAACGUACUGAAGAGAAAGACUGUGAAUGUGAUCAUACUCUUAAUCAUCAUGAACAUAUUUGUAGGGGCCAGAAUCCUUCUGAGUAUAAGCAAUGUGGUAAAACCUA